AUGAGGGUUGUUCUUCAGUCUGAAAACAUGAAACAACUGAAAAUUCCGACAACGAAAGCGCAUAAUUUGGAGGAAUUACAAAAGGUAAUUAGGGAAUCCACCAUAGCUGACACUAUUCUCUUCUGGAAGAGGUAUGAAAACUACUUCAACGUCCAAAGUUACUUGCAAGAAGCCAUGGAUAACGCUCAAGAAAUCCAGAAAUUUGUCCGAAAAUUAGCCAAUGCACCACAAGAAAAUAGUCAUUUGCCUAACCAAAGUGGUGUGCACAAUGCGAAUAACAACAAUAAUGCUAAUGGUAAUGGAAAUGGUAAUGGUAAUGUUGCAUUCCAACCCAAUGCUGGUGGAAAUAUCAAUCGUAAUGGAAAUGGUGGAAAUAACAACGGAAAUGGUGGUGGUGUUAGUGUUGUAAUUAGCAACGAGAAUCCUAGGAUAUGGAUGUUAUUUCAAAGGUACGAUGUGAACUAUCGACUUGUACAAAGGUUUUAUGAUAUUGCAUUGAUUCCAAGAAAUUUUGAAAGUUGGGAAGCCUUCGCCAAUGCAGUAUACCAAACUUGGGUUGACAGGAGUCACAGGACCACCAAUGCCGCCGUCUAUGCCCCUCGUCCCCGAAGCAGAUUUACCAUCACCAAUGCCAACGCCAACGCCAACGCCGCCUAUGCCCCUCGUCCCGGAAGCAGAUUUACCAUCACCAAUGCCAACGCCAACGCCAACGCCAACGCCAACGCCGUCUAUGCCCCUCGUCCCGGAAGCAGAUUUACCAUCACCAAUGCCAACGCCAGCGCCAACGCCAACGCCGUCUAUGCCCCUCGUCCCGGAAGCAGAUUUACCAUCACCAAUGCCAACGCCAACGCCAAUGCCAACGCCGAGGCAAGAGUCACGACUCCUGCCAAUUGUUGGCCGGGAGGUAUUACUGUCUUUGGACGAAAUGAUAAUUUCGGUAACUUCACUUCCUUAAAUUGGCCUGAUCAUGAGUGGGAGACUGUCAGAAUGCUAUUGAAUUGUGUUCAAAUAUAUGCGGAAAAUGCUGAAAAUGGUUACUAG